GUGGUUGGUGGAUGGGGGGGCAGCGGCGCCAUGUUUGAUGCGGCAAACGGCGGCGGCGCAGCGAGAGCGGGGGAGCCUUGAGGAGGACGAGAGUAGAGAGAGAGAGAGAGAGAGAGGGAAAAAAAUAAGAAAGAUCAAAGCGCCGCUCGUCCCGUCGGUGAUCGAGAGCCGAGAGGAGGAGGAGGAGGAGGAAGAGGAGAUUCUGUGGAGUAACUGAAGAAUGUCUUCUGAAUCAAGUUACCAGGAAACUUCCCAAAACACAACUUGCCAUUCAGAUUCACAUCACCAUAGUUGUAGAUUAGAACCAGAGAUCCAGCCCAAGAGUUGUGACUUGUCUUCUCCAGCAGGUUCCACCUCUUCCCUACUCUCUCCCAUUUAUCAUGAAAGCUACGAAAGUGAAGAUGAAGAAAAUGAGGCUCCAAAUAAGCAAACAUGUAGAAUUUCAGACCGAGUUCAAGAAUCUACUUCAAGCAUAGGGACAGAUCCUGCUUCAAAUAAACCAACAAUUUCUACACCAGAGAUACGAAGAGAAUCUAGGCAAAACAAUUGGUCAAGAAAAGAAGACGAGCACAGGAAAUGUAAUUUUGACUGUUCGGAAGAUUCCACCUCUUCGCUGCUUUCUCUGAUUUACCACGGCAGCUAUGAAUCUGAAGAAAAGGAUGAGGCUCCAAACAAAUUUGCAAAUAGACCUUUAAGCAGAAGAGCAAAAUGCACAGGAAACAGACUGACAGAUACUGCUUCAAAGAGGCGGACAGUAUCUACAUCCAGACUUAGAGGUUCCACAAGAAAGGAAAUCAUAAGUGAGCUGUGUUUUAAAGACAUAUCUCUUACUGCUUGGGAGCAGUGGCUAAUAAAGAAAACAAAGGAAGAACGUAGUGAAAUGCAAAACAAAUCUCAUCAGGAAGUAAUAUUAAAGGAAGCAAACUUAAUAGAGCAAGAAAAACGCGAAGAGAAGACAAUUCGUGCACACGAAAUGCACAAAAAUUGGGUUCAGAGAAAGAAUGAGAAGGAAAAGUUGGAAAACGAAUUGAAGCUUCGCAAGGAGAAGAAGAUAAAAGAGGCCAAGGAAGAGCAAAGGGCACAAGCACAAGAAAAAGCAAAUGAAAAAUUUCAAGAAUGGCUUAACAAAAAAAAGCUGCAAGAAAGAGAGCAUAAAAGAAAAGAAAAGGAGGAUGAAGAAAAACGAAUAGCUAAAAUACAAGAAAAAAAGGAAAAGGCCAACCAAGUUUUCAAAGAGUGGUUAAAAAAAGCCAAAAGCAGACCUCGGACAGCCCCAAGCAGUUUUGGCUAUGCAAAUGGGAAACUGACAGGCUAUUAUGAUGGGAGUUCCAAUCCAGCUCCAAGCUAUUGCAAUCCAAUUCCAUGGAAGCCCAUUCCUGUGCCAUGCUCAGAAGAUGUUAAUAGAAAAGUAACUUCUAAGAAGAAUAGAAUAUCAGUUCGGCUGUGUAACCCACAACCACCUGUGGUCAUCAAACCAAGGGACAAUCUUAUUGUUGGAAACACUUGGACUAGAGCAAGAUUAAAAAAAUAUACAUAGUGUCAGCAUUUUCAUUACAUUUCUAUGUAUUUAUUUGUUUUUAAUGUAAAGAUUGUGUAAUCUUUAAGCCUAGAUUAUAUUUUGUUGAAAUGUUUUUUUAAAAAUUUUUUACGGUCACUCUUGCAGAUUUGUUUUCAUUCUUUGACAUUUUACUACUAACAACUAUUAAUGCAACCUAAUACGAAAUGUAAAAAAAAUUUUAUGAGCAUUUCUUACAGCGUGUCAAAUGACUAUAGUCCAUUUUCUUCAAUAUACACCUUAUGGUGGCUUAUAGUAAUUUUUUUUCUCUUAACUAUAAUUCUUGUCAUUCAUAUUAAGGAAAAGGUUUUUACCAAUGUUUGUAUAUUACGAAUGAAGUAGCACAAGGAUGUAUAAUGAAUUAAUCACUUACUCUGAGAUUUACAGUGGCACUAUUCAUUGUACUGAAAUAAAUUUGAAAUACACUAA